GCGGCGACCCGGUCGGUAUUCUUGAUCGGCAGCUUCCUGUGUCCCGAGGCGUCACCCGUAGCCCAGCUUCUGGACCGGUUAGAACAAUGGAAGGUAACGGGUCGAUCGACAUGUUCUCAGAGGUCCUAGAGAACCAGUUCCUCCAGGCUGCUAAGCUCGUGGAAAGUCACUUGGACUCUGAAAUUCAGAAACUGGAUCAGAUCGGUGAAGAUGAGCUCGAACUCCUCAAAGAAAAAAGGCUGGCGGCACUCAGGAAGGCCCAGCAGCAGAAACAAGAGUGGCUCUCUAAAGGACAUGGGGAGUACAGAGAGAUUGCCAGUGAGAGAGACUUUUUUCAAGAAGUCAAGGAGAGCGAAAAGGUGGUUUGCCAUUUCUACAGAGACACCACAUUCAGGUGUAAAAUACUAGACAGACAUUUGGCAAUUCUGGCCAAAAAACAUCUGGAAACCAAGUUUUUGAAGCUAAAUGUGGAAAAGGCACCAUUCCUCUGCGAGAGACUUCGGAUCAAAGUCAUCCCCACACUAGCGCUCCUGAGAGACGGCAAGACACAAGACUAUGUUGUGGGAUUCACCGACCUAGGAAAUACAGAUGACUUCACUACGGACACGUUGGAGUGGAGACUUGGUUGUUCUGACGUUAUCAAUUACAGUGGAAAUUUAAUGGAGCCACCAUUUCAGAGCCAAAAGAAAUUUGGGACAAACUUCACAAAGCUGGAAAAGAAAACUAUCCGAGGAAAGAAAUACGAUUCUGAUUCUGAUGAUGACUAGACUGUGCUGUACUUGUAAACCGUCUGUCUGUCUGUCCACUUACUUCAGAGUCAAGUGUAUUUCUACAGUCCCUUGAUUUCUGUCCAGUGCCCACACUACUUCCACAUGGAAGGACGUCAUUAAUUACUAUAUUGUGUGUAACUUAAGAAACAGAUAUUUUAAGUUACCUGGAAAGGGUCUGGAUUCUAUUUUUUGUGAUUAGUUUUAUCAUAACAUAAUUCUAUUAUCUUUAUACCACUCACACUUGUGUUUUUAAUCUAUUGAAUUAGAAAUAAAAAUUCAGCCAACUA